AAAAAAAAAAAAAAAAAAAAAAAGCCAAUUUUUUAAUAUUACACUGACAAGCAUUCGUGCUCUCGUUUUGUGUGUGUGUAAAUUAAACUUAAAUCUCUUAAAACAUGUCUGGACGCGGUAAAGGUGGCAAGGUUAAGGGAAAGGCAAAGUCCCGUUCUAACCGUGCCGGACUCCAGUUCCCCGUCGGACGUAUCCACAGGCUUCUACGGAAGGGUAACUACGCCGAGCGCGUAGGUGCCGGAGCCCCGGUGUACCUCGCCGCCGUCAUGGAGUACCUGGCCGCUGAGGUUCUCGAGUUGGCGGGUAACGCCGCCCGCGACAACAAGAAGACCAGGAUCAUCCCCAGACAUCUUCAGCUGGCUAUCCGCAACGACGAGGAGUUGAACAAGCUCCUCUCCGGUGUGACCAUCGCCCAGGGCGGUGUGCUGCCUAACAUUCAGGCCGUGCUCCUGCCCAAGAAGACCGAGAAGAAGGCUUAAGUGCACUUCACUUCUCAUCUACAUGGCUACAUCUAUAGCGGUGACACCCGGCUAUCGGUGAAUGUGUGCAUUUGUCUCGUGUAUAUUUAUUUAU